UUGUCGUUCUUCUACUAACAUCUGAUUAUAAAUAUUUGUCAAAGCAUUUGUUUCACAAGUUUCUAACAUCUUAGUUGCCAAUAACUAUCAGAGAAGCCGCCCUAACCACUUUCUUUCUUUAACAACACUAAUUUUUCGUUUGUUUUUUCCAUAUCUAUAGUUAAACCAGCUAGUAUAAAUCAAUUAAGGUGCUUUUUAAUUUGAUCCUAACAAUUAAUGGAGAAUCAGUCGAUGGUCUUUCUUGGUUCAACAAAUAGUUACAACUCAAUGAAUGGAUGGAUCUCGGGAUUAAAGACAGAAUCAAUGGCACGAGAAAUAGAUGUAUCAUCCAACAUCAAAAGUAGCAGUCAGAUGGGAGUGGAAUCAUCAGAAAAUAAUAAUACUAGCAAUUAUUUAUCAUCACCGCUUAAGAAGAAGGGAGAUAAGAAAAUUAAGAAGCCCAGAUUUGCUUUUCAAACAAGAAGUCAAGUUGAUAUACUUGAUGAUGGCUAUCGCUGGAGAAAAUAUGGACAAAAAGCUGUCAAGAACAACAAUUACCCGAGAAGCUACUACAGAUGUACACAUGAAGGAUGCAAUGUGAAGAAGCAAGUACAACGCCUUUCCAAAGAUGAAGGAGUGGUGGUUACCACUUAUGAAGGCAUGCACACCCAUCCAAUUGACAAGCCCAAUGACAAUUUUGAACAAAUCCUCCAUCAGAUGCAUAUUUUUCCUAAUCCUCCCCUUUGAAUUUCAUUGCAAUAUUUUAUGUAUGCUUCCGAAUAAUAGUGGAGGGGAAAUAUAAGAACUAUAUUAGUGCUGCUUGAAGAUUAGAAUUAUAAUUGCAGCGAACAAAUGUAUAUUGACUAUUGAAGUAACUAGCUAGCUAAUAUCAGCAAAUACCCGGUACAUUGAGCAUUGUGUAGCCAUUCCGUAAAUGCUGUGGGCUUGUCAAGAAAAAAUUACUUUAUGUAUGUUUAUUUGGCAAUCACAAAUGUUGAGUUUCUUAAUUAAUUUGCAGGGUAAAUUGCAGUUUAG